CGCAAAAUCGCUCCAUUAUGUUUGCAAAGGCGAUGACGCAUUUUAGUGACAAAUGCCAUCACAUUAUUAUUUGUUAUUAAAUAUCCAGUGAUUUGUCAUUAAACUUGUAUGCUCGUGUAAACAAGAUAAAUUUGAUCGCUUCGUGAUUAGGACAAAAUGUCGAAGGACAUAAGAUCGUAUUUUACAAAAUCUCCCAGGGCAGGAGCAGCCUCCAAUCGUAAUGUUCAACCAGCAUCAGUUAAGAAACGAGCAAUUAUAUCAUCCGACGAGGAAGACGAUGUGAAAAUAAUCAGUAUGAAAAAAACUGAAAAAUCUAGCAAGAAAACAACUAAAAAACAAAUUCUUUCUGAUGAUUCGGAAGACGGUGGGGUUUCUGCAUUGAGUAAGAAAAGUGGUUCAUCUAAAAACAAAGAUAAAGAAAAAAAAAAGCCUGAAGAGAAAAGUGAAAUGAAAAUCGUCGAUAUCAGUAACAUGCUUGGAUCCACUCCAGUGAAAAGAGUUCGUGGUUCAAAAAAGCCGUCAUCUGAAGCUGCUGGUGACGGCUAUGAUGAUGACAUUAAAGAGGUUGUCAAUGAUUUUUGGAAGUACUAUGACGCGUCUGAGGAAGCUGAUGCAAUCUGCCAAAAAUCUGAAGAAACAAAAAAUGGAAGUGGCAAGAGAAAGAAAAAUACGAGGAGUGAGGAUGAUACGGAUGCUGAUGAUAUUACUCUAAAAAAACCUAAACUCCAGCAACAGGUUUCUAGCGAUCAUAAAGAGAGAAGAAGUAAGAAUGAUGAAGUCGAAGAGGUGGAUCAAAAGGCAGUCGCUUCAAAAAAGAAGAAUACUUUCAAUGUUGAGAUAAAUCUAGAGAUGAAGAAGAAGAUUGAUACCAAGAAAAAAGCUGCAGAGCAAGAAGCAGAGUUUCUCGAGGAGCGUGCAGCGAAGAAAAAGCAAUCAGCAGCAUUAUAUCAAUCUUAUCUAUCCAGAGGUGGGGCAAGGAAUCCUGGAUCUAAACCAAUUCCAGAAGGUGCCACAAAUUGUCUGGCUGGUUUAAGUUUCGUUCUGACUGGAGUGUUCGAUUCGUUGGAAAGAGAAGAGGCUAGUGAAUUGAUAAAAAAAUACGGUGGACGUGUAACAGCAGGAAUUUCCAAAAAAAUUGAUUACAUCGUGGUGGGAGAGGAAGCAGGCCAGUCGAAAAUCGCCAAGGCAACAUCAUUGAAGAUCAAACAAAUAUCUGAAGACGAAUUAUUGACUUUAAUUCGUGAAAGACCACCGGGUAAUUCUCGUGAUAUCAUCCACAGCAAAGGAAGGGAAAAGGACAAAUUUUCAGAUAAUAGUAGAAUCUCAGGUUCAGAUUCACCCAAGAAAAAAAAAUCUGUAUCACCGGCGAAAGUGGAAAAACGAGGGAAUUCUCCGAUGAAGUCAUUAUCAUCAUCGAUACCAGCUGUAGCAGCAGCACCAGAGCCACGACAAUUGAAGACAAUGGAAUCUGGUGAGUCGUUUACUGAAAAUUCCCAAUAUUUUAGUGAUGCUAGCGCACUCGUUGAGAAGUACCGACCAAAACAAAUGAAACAAAUAAUCGGACAGCAUGGAGAUAACAGUAAUGCCAAAAAAUUACACACGUGGUUACUCAACUGGCAUAAGAAUCGUGGCAGCAAUGUCAAGAAUGCGAAACCUUCAUUGUACGCUAAAAACGAUAACGGCGCGUAUUUCAAGGCUUGUCUUCUGUCAGGUCCACCAGGUGUGGGAAAAACAACAACUGUGCAAGUUGUUUGUAACGAAUUAGGCUUUGAUUUAUUAGAAUUCAAUGCAUCAGAUACUCGAAGCAAGAAAUUAUUGAAAGAUGAAAUAUCAGGACUUCUUUCUAAUAAGACAGUGAAGGGAUAUUUUAGUGGGAAUGCCGAGGCAAAACCGAGUAUUAAACACGUUCUUCUCAUGGAUGAGGUCGAUGGAAUGGCGGGGAACGAGGAUCGCGGUGGCCUUCAAGAAUUGAUUGCUCUGAUUAAAACAACAGAUAUACCCAUUGUCUGCAUUUGCAAUGACAGAAAUCAUCCAAAGAUGAGAACUCUGGCGAAUUAUGUUUUUGACUUGCGAUUUCAAAAGCCCAGAUCCGAGCAAAUUAGAGGAGCCAUGAAAACUCUGUGCUGCAAAGAAAAUAUUAAUAUAUCAAAUGAUGAUCUCGAUCGACUUAUUGAAGCCACUAAUCAAGAUAUUCGACAAGUUAUCAACCAUCUGGCUAUUUUAAUUGGUGAUAAUCAUGGCGUCAAAAAAAAUCAGGGAGAAAAAUCAUCAUCCAAGCUGAAUAAGGACCUCAAACUGGGGCCUUGGGAGGUAGUAAAAAAGGUUUUUACCGCUGAAGAGCACAAAAAAAUGACAAUUCAUGAUAAAAGUGAUCUCUUUUUCCACGAUUACAAUAUUGCUGGUCUGUUUGUCCAAGAGAAUUAUUUAUCGGUCAUUCCAAAAGCUCCAAAUUCCGAGCUAUUGGAUAGAGUAGCGGCCACUGCAGAUUCACUAUCUUUGGGUGAUCAGGUGGAAAAAGCCAUUCGUUCACAAACUGCUUGGUCUCUGCUACCAAUGCAAGCAUGUUAUUCUUCUGUUAUACCUGGGUCACUUAUGUCUGGACACAUUGCAAGUCAGAUAAACUUCCCAUCUUGGCUUGGCAGGAAUUCCAGGCGCGGUAAAUUCGACAGAUUACUCCAAGAAAUCACAGCUCACACAAGAUUAGUCACUGGUGCCAGUAAAGAAGCUGUCAAUAUGGAUUAUCUCAAACCCCUUAGGGAUGCUGUUGUGACGCCACUGGGUGUUGAUGGGACCGAUGGGAUUGAACGUUCAAUGCAAAUAAUGAAUCAUUAUCAUUUGCUGAGAGAGGAUUUAGAUUCACUCGUUGAGAUUUCUCUCUGGCCUGGAGAUCGUGAUCCCAUGCAGUCCGUUGAAUCUAAAGUCAAAGCGGCUUUCACAAGGACUUACAAUAAAAAUUCAGCACCAGUACCAUUUGUUGUUAAAACAACUGUUUCGAAGAAGAGGGGGCAGGCUAGCCAGGAUGACGGAUUUGUCGACGAUGAUGAGGAAGGUAUCGAUGGCUCGGAUGUAGAGGACGAUGAUCUCGAUGUUGACAAAAUGAUCAAGGCCAAAAAAUCAACGAGUAGUGCAACCGCGUCGACCAGUAAAGGCCAGGUGAAACCACCGAGUAAACGAGGAGGUAGCCGAGGACGCGGCCGAGGACGUGGAAAAUAAUUAUCGUACGAUUUCCCUCAACUCAUUGUAUUUUGCGUUUACAAUCAUUAUUGUUCGUUGUAAUUUAUUCUUCCGUUUUGAACAAAAAAAGUAAGAUAAACAAAAAAUCGAAUCUCCAGUUGUAAAAUCUCAGUCAUCAUAUUAAUUAAAAGAAGUUGGCUCAUUA